AUGGCCAUGAUGUCGCCAGUUUUGACGUUCCCAGCUCUCGUAAGUCCCUCGUUCCUCAGCGAACAGAACAUCCGCCAAUACUGCGAUAGACCGCCUCCCGACAGCAUCGGUGACUUAGACAGCCUGCUUGCGGCAGAGGAUCUUGAGCCGACCGAUUCUACGACCACGAGUGGCGGCAUCAAGAGAGGCCAGGUCACCGAGAUCUGGGGGCCUCCAGGAUCAGGCAAGGUUGCUCUCUCUCUACAGCUAGCUGCAAAUGCCAUCAAAGAUCAUCACGACGUUGCGUGGCUGGACUGCUUCCAAGACGUCUCCUUGAGUCGCUUGAAAGAUGUCUUAGAACAUCACAACGAAGACUCGUCAAGCCCAUCUACCCGGAAGGUUUCCGGUGCUGAGCCAGGCUUGGAUCAUUUUGUCCAUUACAGAUGCUUGACGUUGCCGCACUUCAUUGCAUUAAUCUCCAGACCAACGACAAAAGCUCUUCCGGAAUCUACCAGCCUCAUCGUCAUCAGUUCAAUAGCAGUGCUGAUAAACUCGGCUCUGCCAAAGGCGCCAGAUGGAAGAUUUCAGGCCAAGUUGAAUCGAGGAUCAACAUCCACCGCCAAGCGCCGGCAAGCGCUGCAGAGCAUCAUGAAGUCGCUCCAAACCUUGGCCUCCACCAGGAAUUGCGCUGUUGUCGUCCUCUCCCAAUGCUCGACGAAGAUGCAAAGCGAGCAUGGAGCGACUCUGGUGCCCAGUAUCAACGGCAGUCUGUGGGAUCAAGGGGUCUCAACACGCCUAGCUCUCUUCCGAAAUUGGCAUUGGAAGGAAAACAAGCCAGUACCGAUAUGCUUGGUUGGAGUUCAGAAGCUCGACGGCAAAUCAUUGCAAGACUCCUCCGGGAAGAUCACCAGCUUCGAAAUUACGAAUGGCGGUCUCAUUGCUCACCAACACGUUGGGAAUUAUCUGCUUGAUACAACAACAAAAGCGAUGGGACAGACGAGAACGAAACGCAAGAUAGCUGACACGGGCUUUGAGGUGCCCGACAGUGAAGACGACGAAUACGGCUGGGCAGAAGAUGACGAGGCUGCAAUGCCUCCGCCGCCCUCACAAUGGCAGGGCAGUGAGGAUGUCAUUCUCGGUCACGAGAUAGGCCAGAGCGAUGACGACAAUAGCGUCGAAAACGAAGAAGACGAAGUCGGUGUUGCGAGACCGAUUUCCCCGAAUUCAGGGGCGCCACGCCGCUGA